GUCGGAGAAUCAUUUACCAUCUACUAACAAAUAUAGAUAUUUAAAGCUGUGUCAUGCAGGAACCGACCCUUUUCACCCCCUUUUUUCUUUGUUUUUGUUUUACAAAUAUGAGUUUACCAGACACCCAAAAGGCUAUCGAGAGACUUCGGUUGAUCAAAAAUCAGCUAAAUUUAACACCAUCCUCUAUGUCUUUGGAGGCACCUAAAGAUAUGGCAAGAGAACGUGCCAGUGCAUCUUUCGACAUACAAGCUUUGUCCUAUUUUUGGUUUGGAGGCGAAGACCAAUAUAAAUUUAGACAAAAAGCCUACGAUUUUAUUCAGCACGAUCCUGAGCUGGUAGUUCAAGCCCCAAGGAAUAUUUUGGAGUUUACGAGAGAGGAUAUGCGGGAGUUUACUAUGGGACAGAUAUAUCGUCUGCAUAAACUUUCCAGUGAAAUUAAUGACGAGGCGUUCCAUUUGGAAAUUAGCAAGGCUUUACUUUUAUACUCUGAAAGUUUUGCAUUGCGUAUUGGUGUUCACGGUUCAUUAUUUCGUAACGUCAUCCAAAUGCUUGGUAGUAAACAACAGCAAGAUGCAUGGAUUGAAAAUAUAAACGAGUUCCGUAUGGUUGGAUGCUUCGCCAUGACCGAAUUAGGACAUAGCUCUGCGUUACGUGAUAUCGAGACAACGGCAACUUUUGAUAUUGAAACAGACGAAUUCGUGAUUAAUUCACCCACUGUCACUUCUACAAAAUGGUGGAUUGGUAUGGCUGGACAGACGGCCACACAUACGGUAGUCAUUGCACAAACCAUCAUUGAUGGGAAAAAUGUGGGACUCAACUGGUUUCUCAUCCAAUUACGCGAUACGGUCACUGGCGUGGUAAUGCCAAACAUUCAAGCCGGUGAUAUUGGUGCUAAAGUGGGUCACCAGGGAGUGGAUAAUGGUUGGAUUCAGUUCCAUCAGGCUCGUGUUGCAAGAACAAACAUGUUGGCAAAGUGGGUAAAUAUCGAAAGAAAUGGUGAUUUUACUCCGGCCCCAAAUCCUGCGGUGAUGUAUGCCACGUUGAUUCCGGAAAGGUUUGCCCUAGUCACACUGACUCUGACUUUGGUUACACAAGCAUUGACCAUUGCUACAAGAUAUGGUGUUGUUCGUAGACAAGGAACUAAAAACCAACAAAUCAUGGACUACCAGUCUCAUUAUGUCAAGCUCCUACCAGCAAUUUCUUUUAUGUACAUGAUUCAAAAUUCUUUCAAGACUCUAGAUAAACAGUUUGCUGUGUUAACUGCGGGUGGUGAAAUGGAUCCGAUGGUUUAUUUGAACCAUAUGGGUGAUGUACACUGUAUUUCUGCUUCAUUGAAAGGGUUGUCGGGAAGUUACUCCACCGAAAUCCUUGAAAUUUGCCGUCGUUGUUGUGGUGGGCAUGCCUAUUCUUCUUACAAUGCUCUCGGGAGUAUCAUCGGAGACUGGGGUGUGAUUACAACAGGAGGAGGGGAUAACGUUGUCUUGUUGCAACAAGCCACUCGUUACCUUCUUUACCUCUUAGAGCAGAAACUACAAUAUGAUAAUUAUCCAGAGUUAAAAUAUCAAAGUUCUUGUGAUUACUUUAAUCAGGCGAAAAAAUUACUUGCCUUAGACCAUUGGUCUGUCAAUGUUAUCAGUGACUGUGUUAAAGAUUUUAGCUUGAUCGAAGAAGCAUUACAUUCUAUUCUAGUCAAAAGACUUUAUAGUUUGCAGCAGGCGCUUAAUGAGGGCGCACAUCAUGACGAUAUUUUGUUAGAGUCUGUAAGAGUAGCUGAACUUCAUUGCGCCGCAUUUUUAUUCUCAGAUAAUGCCCGCACAUUUGGUGUUUCCGACGCAACACUUGAUCCAGGCCUUACUGCCAUUAUGAGAAAAAUGACAGCGUUAUGGGGGCUUCAUGUAUUGGUUACAUUCGGAGAUCAAGGUUUUAUGGAAGGAUUUAUCAGCCCGAAGCAAAUGAAAGAUAUCGAAAAGGAAUAUUUAGGGCUUUGUAAAAGUAUGAGAAAAGAAGUGAUCGGUCUUACAGACGGAUUUGGAUUACCAGAUUUUGUGCUCAAGGCACCAAUUGCAAAAUAUGACGGCGAUAUUUACCAGUCUUAUUUUGAUACACUUUUACAAGCACCUGGUAGCGUUGAAGUUCCACAAUAUCACUCAAAGUAUAUUAAACCUUUAACCGAGCGUUUUGAUAAAAAGAAUUGAAUAAAGAAAUGACGAUAUGUAUGCACAUCACGUGUAUGAAGUAAUGCGAAAGUUAGCUUUCCGCUUUGAAAAGACACACUUUUUUUUUUCUUGUAUAUUCU